CUUUUAUUAUUUUUUUUCCCGACAGAGAUUUAUGGACUCCUGACCGCGGAAUAGCAGAAUGAGUAUUUAUUUCUGUCGGUGCGGUUUGGCCGUAAGGAAAUAUCAAAGCUCUUAAUCUACGGCGAACCUUUUUUUUUUUUUUGGGCUAAAGCGAAUGUCAAAUUUCACAACGACUUUUCGAACUUACCUUUCUUCUCCCCUUGAUUCUUGAACCGCGUCUCUCUCUCUGAUCCUCUUCAAUGGCGAUGUCCGUACAGCAUGUCGUCGUUGUACUCCUCUCAACCCUUCUCCUCGGUGUCACCAUCUUCAUCUUCACCUCCGACAACGCCCGAUUCCCCUUCCCUUCUCUUUCAUCCGGUCUCCGAUCAAAUCCCUUGAAUCCAAAUCCCAAAAACUACGGUGUUUCCUCCUCCGAAUCAGUUCCCGGAACUUCUCCGAAGAAGGAAAAUGCAUCGAUGUCCGAUUUCGAGGUGAAGUGGGAUUUAUGCAAAGGGGCUGGAUCGGCGGAUUAUAUACCGUGUUUGGAUAACUACGCCGCGAUCAAGCAGCUGAAGUCAAGGAAGCAUAUGGAGCACCGAGAACGGCAUUGCCCCGACCCUAGUCCGAGGUGUCUCGUGCCUUUUCCGGAGAAUUAUAAACAGCCGGUUCCGUGGCCGAAGAGCAGGGACAUGAUAUGGUACGGCAAUGUCCCUCACCCCAAGCUUGUUGAGUACAAGAAGGAACAAAACUGGGUCCGAAAAUCUGGUGAUUAUCUAGUUUUCCCUGGAGGAGGCACCCAAUUCAAAUAUGGGGUUACUCAUUAUGUUGAGUUCAUAGAGAAGGCUUUACCGGCUAUAAAAUGGGGAAAAAACAUCCGGGUUGUUCUAGAUGUCGGUUGUGGAGUUGCUAGCUUUGGUGGGUAUUUGUUGGAUAAGGACGUUAUUACCAUGUCGCUUGCCCCCAAGGAUGAACACGAAGCUCAGAUUCAGUUUGCGCUAGAACGAGGAAUACCUGCUAUACUUUCCGUCAUCGGGACUCAACAGCUUACUUUCUCCAGCAACUCGUAUGAUCUCAUCCAUUGCGCAAGAUGCAGAGUGCACUGGGAAGCCGACGGUGGGAAACCGUUGUUGGAGCUGAACAGGAUACUGAGGCCAGGAGGAUUCUUCAUAUGGUCUGCAACUCCGGUCUAUCGUGAUGAUGAGAGAGAUCGUAACGUUUGGAAUGUGAUGGUUUCUUUGACAAAAGCUAUGUGCUGGAAUGUCAUCACCAAAACGGUUGACUCCUCAGGAAUCGGACUUAUAAUCUAUCAGAAGCCAACCUCAGAUGUGUGCUAUAACAGGCGCAGCCAACAAGAUCCACCUCUAUGUGAUCAGAAAGACAAACUCAAUGCUUCAUGGUAUGUUCCUCUAGCCCGAUGCAUUUCCAGACUUCCAGUUGACAGCAGCGGGAAUGUGUACAGGUGGCCCGAAUCAUGGCCCAAACGGCUAACCAGCAAACCUCCAAGCUUUUCAGGUGAAGAAGAAACGUUUCACAAAGAUACAGAACGAUGGCUAGCACUUGUGCCCGAUGUUUAUCUUGAAGGUCUAGACAUAAACUGGUCGAAAGUGCGGAAUGUGAUGGACAUGAAUGCCGGUUAUGGAGGAUUUGCUGCUUCACUUAUACUACGACCUCUAUGGGUGAUGAAUGUGGUUCCGGUCGAUGCACCAGACACUCUAUCUGUCAUUUUGGAUAGAGGGCUGAUCGGGGUUUACCAUGAUUGGUGUGAGUCUUUCAACACAUACCCUCGAACAUACGAUCUACUUCACUCCAGUUAUUUCCUCGGAAAUCUCACACAAAGGUGUGACAUUGCAGAAGUAGCGGCAGAGAUGGAUCGGAUACUAAGACCGGGAGGAUACCUUGUGGUGCAAGACACCAUGGAAGCGAUGAAGAAGCUUGAACGGGUAUUCGGUUCGUUACACUGGUCGAUGAAGAUUUACAAUGCCCGGUUUCUGGUUGGUCACAAGGGUUUUUGGCGUCCAUCGGUUUAGUAAACCGGAAUCUUCGGGGGAGAAACGUCCAUCGGUUUAGUAAACCGGAAUCUUGGGGGAGAAACGCAGGUUCUGUAUACUAUAUAGUCAAUGAGAGCAUCUUUGGAGAAGCUUGUGAAACAUCUUACAGUUUCAUCCAAUGUAAACUAGCAUUCGAUCAUUUCAUUCCAUAAAAAAAUGUUAUACACCCAAUUCAUGAUGAUGAUGAUGAUGAUGAUGAUGAUGAUGAUGAUGAU